AUGAAAAGAUUUACGCUAUUUUGUUUUCUUAGAAUAGCAUAUACUUUUUCAAAAAAUAAUGAACCGACCUUAUUAGAUACAUCGUUAGACUCAUUAGAUUUAAUAGGUAAAGAUAAGGUUUUAACGCUACUUCUAGGAAAAGAGGCAAUAAGCGAUCAAUGUGUACCAAAGCUACAAGAAUACUGCAAAAAUUUGAAAAAUAUGGCUUUAGAACCGAAGAAUGUGCAUCCAGCAUUAGGGGGGCUUUGCGGUAAUGAAGAUGAGGAAUGUAAUAAUUAUAAAAAUAGAAUUAAUACUAUUUUAACUGGUAUCAAAGAAUCUCUUAUGCGUAUUUACGAAAAGCUCAAUACUGACGGAUCUACUUUGGAUCAAAAUGAAUGUAAUUACUCUUAUUUUCGAUGUUUUUUUUUCUGGCAUUUUCCUGAUUUUUUAACUAUCUGUAAUCUUAUAAUUGAAAAAUGUUAUGAAAAAAUGAGUCAACAUCUAGCUUAUAAAGUUCUUUUUAAAUCUCUUACCGGGAAUUUAAAAAAUCAGACUACUUGUGAAAUUAAUCUUAAGGAACCUUGCUCAAAAUUCAGUACUGAGAGUUAUUAUUUAGCGUGGUAUUGUUUCUGGAAAAGAACUACAUGCAUGACUCUUAUCAAGAAAGCACAAGAUAAUUGUAAAGCUCUUAACAAUAGUAUUGAAAAUGCACUUAAGGAUCAUACGUUAGAAAAACAAUGUCAUUCUCUACUUCAAAGAUGUUAUAUUCAUUUUCCAGAUUGUGAAGAAACACUGAAUUGCGAGAACUUUAAAAAACGCUGUGAAGAGAAAGGCAUUACAUACUCUCCUUUUCAUGAUGGUCUUUUUUUUGAUCCAAUAGGUUUACCGCCUACAUUAGAAAAAAGAAUAGGUUUUCAACAAAUUUUUGCUAAAGCAGCGGCUACUGGUAUUUUAGUCAGUAAACCUACAAUUACGAAAUCCUAUCGUUUUUUAUUAUUAUCACUCCAUAAUAAGCAGAUAAGUGCAGUUGCUGGAUGCGUUUAUUAUUUAAAUAGAUGUGCUUUUAAACAAUUGUCAGAAGAAUUAGCAAAUAUGUGUAACGCAACUAACAUUGUUGAAAUUUGUGUGGAAUUAAGUAAACAAGUACCAGAGGAAUGCAACUCUCUUGAAUUAGCUUUGAAAAACAAAGGACUCUUUAAUAUGAGUGCUACUGAUAAAUCUGAUCUAUACACUUUACAUGGACUAUCCAAGAUAGUUCCUGAAGAAGAUUAUGCGAGUCUUGUUCUAGAUUGUUAUCAUCUAGAGUCACUUUGCAAUCAGAGUAUUAUGGAUUCAUGUAACAAUUUAAGACAAGUAUAUCAUAGAAGUCAAUUUUAUAAUAUAGCAAAAGAUAAAUUAGAAAAAGAAUUGUUUGGAUUAUUUCGUAAUUUAAGUUCAAGCGGGGUUAAGGAAUGUGCAGUCAAGUUGACACAAAAAUGCCAAAUAGCUAGAAACAACACUAUAGAUAUACUUGCAUUAUGUUUGAAGCCAGAAGAAGCAUGCAAAAUAUUUGCAGAGGAUGUAAAAAGAAAGAGUCUUCAUUUACGACAUGUUUUAGAUAAAGUGAGAGAUUAUCCACAAGAAAAAGAUUGUCUCGUUCUUGAGGAAAAGUGUGAAGACUUAACAAAGGAUUUCGAAGAACUUAAUGGUCCUUGUACCACGCUAAAGAGGAAUUGUGCUCAUUUGAGGAACGCGAAAAAACUAAAAGACAGUUUGUUAAGUAAAAAUGCAGAUAUUUUAGCAAACGUCGAUAAUUGCACAGCAUAUUUAAAUAUGAAGUGUCCUCGAUGGCUUAAAAGGGAAACAAAUCUGUUUAAUCUUAUAUGUAUAGAACACCACAAAUCGUGCAUUAUAAUGACUGAAGACAUGCAAAAUCAUUGUUCGGCAUUUAAAGAAAAUAUGAAAAGUCAAGAUGUUGUUAAAAAAUCAGAAGACAGUGAAAAAAGGGGUGAUAUUUGUUUUUUUUGGGGUGGAUACUGUGAAAUGUUUAUGAAAAGUUGUCCUCAUAAAUUAGAACAAAAUGAUACUGACAUAAAUGGGCUUUGUGCAGAGCUCAAAAAAAAUUGUAGGACAUUUUAUAAAAAAGAACUCUUAUUGAAAGAUCUUAUGUACAUUAUGAAAGGUUUUUUGACUGAUAAGAAUGUUUGUAGUAAACAAUUAAGUAGUUAUUGUUCGAACUCAACACAAUCAAAUAAAACUCUUAAAAAUUUAUGUAUAGAAUAUAAAGAUGAAAAGGAUAAGACAUGCGAUAGACUUGUCAAUCGAACAAAAAUAUUCUGUAAUAUAUUUCUAAUUAGGUUAGAUAAAACUUCUAGUGACUUAGAAAAUAGAGCAUAUGAGUUUAAAAAAAUUAAAAAGCAAGCUGUAAAAGCUGUUAGUGAUUCGGGUUUACUUUUAGCAAUUCCUCAAACAAAAGACAAACAAAAUCAUUAUCCUACUAAUACGCAUAGCAAUAUUACGGCUUAUAUUAGGCUCAUGCGUCGUAAAAACAUUCUAAAUUUACAACCGUCUAUACGUCAAGGACUAGCAUUUGAUUUGAUGUCUUUAGUUAUAGAGCUGUAUCUAGAAGCUAAAGGUAUCUGCGAUCAUUUUAUCCGAAUGUGUGUCUUUGAGAAUGAUUGUCCUAAGUUUAAGGAUUCAUGCAAAAAAAUACACAAUUAUUGCAAAGAAUUUGAAUUACCUAAAGCUACACCUUUUGUAACAACAUCUAUAUCAACAAUAACAAUGACAGAAUCAAUAAUAACAGGUAAAGGAUGUAUGGUAUAUCAUGUAAGGACCAGCCUAGUGAUGCAUAAAUCAGCAUCUACAAAAACAAAAAUAAAUACAUUAGUGGCAACAGUUACACAAAAGUGCAAUCCAGUACCAUGCAUAAUGGAAAAAGAGACACAAACAAAAAAAGUUAAACCUAGUGGGGAAACAAGUAAUAAAAUAUUAAAUAAGGGAAUAAAAAUAUCUGGACUGGGAAUAAUAAAUAUUAUUAUUAUAUGGAUAGUGGGGAUCUUUGCUAUAAUUUAA